AUGGCGACGACAACGCAGCCGCUGCUACCAUCUCAGUCAGACUCCGUAGAUGACCUCUUUCGCGCCACGCCCGCUCUUUCGAACGAAUACAGCGGCGUCGCUCCGGCCAGCGCCGCCAGCGCCGUCAGCGUCGCUCCAGCCAUCGCCGCCAUCCCCCCGCCGCGCCCGCAGAACACACUGACCGGUGGGUCCGGGUGUGAGCCAGGGGAGUCAGUCGCAUGGGGAGUCAGUCGCAUGGGGGGUCAGUCGCAUGGGGAGUCAGUCGCAGGGGGGGUCAGUCACAUGGGGGGUCAGUCGCAUUGGGGAGCCAUUCGCAUGAAGAGCCAUUCGCAUUGGGGGGACGUGCACAGAGUGCGGGCAAAUGUGAAUAGACUCCCAGGAUUCCCUUCUUCCAUUGCACUCCUCCUCCCGGCCUCCUCUCCUCCCACCAGAGUCCAGCCUCUCCCUCCUCGGCUACUGCCCCUCACACACAUACCAUAUGCUCAUUUGCAUCUCAUUGCACCCCUCAUGUCGCCCUGUGUAUCUCUCGCUCCUGCACUCCUCUCCCUCACACCACAGGGUGGCCGAAUCAUAUUCUUUCAGAGCCUCUCCCUCCUCGGUUACUGCCUCGUGCCCCUCGACCUUGCCGCCCUCCUCUGCCUCCUCACCACUGGCAAGCUCGUCCGCAUGGCGCUCGUUUUAGUCACAUUCGCCUGGAGCUCUUCUGCUGCAUACCCCUUUGUGGCGAAGGCUGUUCCGGAGACGCGCAGGGUGCUGGCAGUGUACCCUGUGUUCCUGCUCUACACUGCUAUUGGCUUCCUCGUGCUCGCUAAUGACUAG